CUAAACAAGACCAGACAUGUUUUGUGUAUGUACUUUAAUAAAUGUUUGUCGCGUUUCAAGCUAUAUAUAUAUAUAUAUGAGGGAUUUUAUCAAUCAAUGUUUAUUUAUAUAGCCCUAAAUCACAAGUGUCUCAAAGGGCUGCACAAACCACAACGACAUCCUCGGUAGAGCCCACAUAAGUGCAAGGAAAUAUUCACCCCAGUGGGACGUCGACAAUGAUGACUAUGAGAAACCUUGGAGAGGACCGCAUAUGUGGGCAGCCCCUCCCCCGUUUGUGGACCGAAAGCAAUGGAUGUCGAGCGGAUCUAACAUGAUAUUGUGAAGGUCCAAUCCAUAGUGGAUAUAACAUAACCGAGAGAAUCCAGACCAAAGUGGAUUCAAUGUAGUAGCGAGAGUCCCGUCCAAAGUGGAGCCAGCAGGAAACCAUCCCAAGCGGAAGCGGAUCAGCAGCGCAGAGAUGUCCCCAACCGAUACACAGGCGAGCGGUCCAUCCUGUGUCCUGACUCUGGACAGCCAGUACUUCAUCCAUGGCCACCGGACCGGACCCCCUCCACAAAGGAGGUGGGGGGACAAAGGAGGAAACAAAAAAAGAAACGGCAGAUCAACUGGUCUAAAAAGGGGGUAUAUUUAAAGGCUAGAGUAUACAAAUGAGUUUUAAGAUGAGACUUAAAUGCUUCUACUGAGGUAGCAUCUCAAACUGUUACCGGGAGGGCAUUCCAGAGUACUGGAGCCGAAUGGAAAACGCUCUAUAGCCCGCAGACUUUUUUUGGGCUCUGGGAAUCACUAAUAAGCCGGAGUGGAGCCUGCGGCUUGAUUUGACUCAACACGGGGAACAUUACCUAGCCCGGACACGGACAGAUUGAUGGCUCUAACCCUUGUUUGUCAAAAUGGGGUCUGGAAUGGCUAAACACUGAGGGCCCACUGUCUUUCAAAAAUAAGCUGUCAGGAAAGGUGGUGCUGUUGGACUUUUUCACCUACUGCUGCAUCAACUGCAUGCACAUCUUGCCGGACCUUCACCAGCUUGAGCAGAAGCAUUCGGUCAAAGAUGGACUUGUUAUUGUGGGCGUACACUCAGCCAAAUUCCCAAAUGAAAAGGUUCUGGACAACGUCCGCAGUGCCGUCCUCCGCUACGACAUCUGUCACCCAGUGGUGAACGACGGCGAAGCGCGUCUCUGGCACCAGCUGGAGGUCUCCUGCUGGCCCACGCUGGUGCUGGUGGGCCCACGUGGCAACCUGCUCUUCUCCCUGGUGGGCGAAGGCCACCGUGAACGCUUGACUCUUUUUACGGACGUAAGUCUCCGUUACUACCGGGAGAAGAAGCUGCUGGAGGUGCACUCGGUCGGUGUCAAGCUAUACCGUGACUCGCUACCUCCCACCAUCCUGUCCUUCCCUGGGAAGAUCUGCGUGGACCACAGCAGCAACAGGCUGGCUAUCGCUGACACCGGACAUCACCGAAUUGUGUUGGUGUCCUCGACUGGUCAGCUCUUGCACGUCAUCGGAGGGCCUGAAAGUGGAAGGCAGGAUGGCGCCUUGUCUGAAGCUUCUUUCAGCUCCCCUCAGGGGGUCGCCAUGAAAAACGAUGUGGUGUAUGUUGCCGACACUGAGAACCACCUAAUUCGAAAGAUCGAUCUGUUAGAGGGGCGGGUCAGCACACUGGCCGGCCUCGGCGUCCAAGGCAUGGACAAAGCAGGCGGGGCUAUGGGAGUUCAACAGCCAAUCAGCUCUCCUUGGGAUGUGAUGCUUGGCUCUGCCGGUGGUGUGGAGGACAACGUGCUGUGGGUGGCGAUGGCAGGAACCCACCAGAUUUGGGCUUUGUUCCUAGCAGAUGGCAAACUGCCCAAAGGAAGCGAGUUAAAGGCUGGUACAUGCGUGCGAUGGGCUGGCAGCGGCAGCGAGGAGAACCGCAACAACGCCUACCCGCACAAGGCCGGAUUCGCCCAGCCCUCAGGUCUUGCCGUGGCCCCUGAGGAACCCUGGAGCUGCCUCUUUGUGGCCGACAGUGAAAGCAGCACCGUGCGCACAGUGGCGCUGAAGGACGGCGCGGUCAAGCUGCUGGUCGGCGGUGAGAGAGACCCCCUGAACCUCUUUGCUUUCGGAGAUGUGGACGGGAAGGGGGUGGACGCCAAACUGCAGCAUCCGCUCGGUGUGGCCUGGUCUCGGGAACAGAGUUUGCUGUAUGUGGCCGACUCCUAUAACCACAAGAUUAAGGUGGUGGAUCCAAAGACAAAGCACUGCAGCACUCUAGCCGGGUCAGGAGCAGCUGGCAACGCUCUGGGUCCUGAUUUCAGCAAAUCCAGUUUCAAUGAACCUGGUGGAAUCUGCAUGGGUGCCGGUGGCAAACUCCUUUACGUGGCCGAUACCAACAACCACCUCAUCAAAGUGUUGGACCUCCACUCCAAGACCGUCUCACUGUUGUGUAUUUCUGCAGACUACACAGACGCGCCAGAGCCUAGAGCAUCCAUGAAAGCCCCCACGCUGCCUAAAAGGGCUGCAAGGAUAAAGCUGGCACCACUGUCGGUGUGCGCAGGGCAGACCCUCACCAUGUCGCUCAAGCUGUCACUAACGGAAGGAGCGAAACUCACGGAUGGGGCGCCAAGCUGUUGGGUUCUCUCGGCCGAAGAAGGUGACGAGUGGUUGCUGGACGGUCAAGUGGUCACCGGCGAUAUCACCGGUCUGUCAGGGCUGCUGCGCAUCUCCACCAAACUCCCGGAAGUUCCAAAGAAACUCCACGCAGGCCUCAGGCUGAGCGUUUGGGUAUACUUCUGCAUAGCAGCGGGUGCAGCCUGCACGAUGAAAGCGGCAUCUUUCUUUCUGCCUCUUGAGAUAAGUGACAAACCUUUUUUGGGGGAGGUCACAGUGGUGUUAGCUCAUUCUUUCUAAUGCAGGGGUCAAUGUACUAAGCUACCUGAACAAAAAGCCUUAGCUUUGCAGUAUAGGCCAAAAAGCUAAUAACUGUAAUAUCUAAUAAUAUAUUUUAUAUUUCUUUUUCUACAAAUAUGCCAAGUGGCAAAUAAAUCAAAUUAGUACUUUGUUGUAAAAAAAAAAAAAAAAAAAGGCCACAAUGGAACAUUUGAGGUUAAACAUAACUGAUCUGAACUGAACUCUGUUCCCCACGGAAAAUCAUGGAAAUAGAAACUAUUCCCUUCUAGGGUCUAUCUACAGCCAUCUUUAUGAACUGUACAAUUCAUUUUUAAGGAAUAUUUUCUAUCAUUGAAGUGUAAAAUAAAACGUUAACGACUAAGUGAGACUUUUUAACACAAUUGUUACAAGUGUAAAAUUAAGUUUCAAAAAUGAGGUCUUUCAUGACGGCAGUUUGGCUUUAAAUGCAUAAUUGUUUUAUUCUUAAUUCCAAAGUGUACAACUUAAGGGCUGGUUCAACUUCAAAGGUUCCACAGUAGCACUCGGUUCUGAACCACAAAGAAGUCCACUCGAGCCUGGUGUGGGCUCAUGUUGGCUGAUGGAUGAGGUCAACUUUGUUUUUAAUAGCGUAGUCCAUUAGUGCACAAGCGGGACUCUUCUAAAGCUUCUUUUCAUAUCUAAAAGCUCUCUAUGAUUACAUCACAUCUGUAAUUUCAUUAAAGCAGUUGGGCAUUUAUUGUUAAGAAUCACUUCAUAGCAAAGUCAAAAUAUGAACAUAUGUUUAACUUAUUUAUGCACCUAAUGUCUUUAAGGCUAUCCGAACAAUAAGACGGCCGUUGGCUCAUAGUAUUUAAAAAAUAUUUAUUCUUUGACCUUGUAUCUGAACAAAUGUAAAAUAUGAUUCUAGUUAAAGCAAUAAUAUUGCCAAUAUUGACCUCAAAACCAAACCUGAAAAGCAUGUUAACAACUAACAGGCGUAGUAAGGAGAGUAGCGUUUUUGUUGUUUCCGUAGCAACCCCUAAUUGCCCAUUUGAGUGGUCUGUGGCAAUAAUGGUGGACCAGCCUGGUCACAGUUCAUGUAAGCAGUAGCGCUUAAACUACUGUUAAAAAUGGUGUACCAUCCAAAUGCCCUCGAGAUAACUUCAGCGCUUACAUGACUGUUUAGAAUAGUCUUCUAACAGACUGCUCUUGUAUUAGCAUCAGCGCUAACAUCAUUAUUUACAGUUAUGUAAUCCAAACAAAUGCUCUUGAUUUUGCGUCCAAGCUAUCAACUGCUUAAACUGGCGUACCAACUAACUGCUCGCUAAUUAGCAUCAGGUAUCAUCUUAUUAUUAAGUUGUGUACAAACUAAAUGGUCUUGAGUUAGUGUCAGCUAUCAACUGCUUAAACUGGCAUACCAACUAACUGCUCGCUAAUUAGCAUCAGGUAUAAUCUUAUUAUUAAGUUGUGUACAAACUAAAUGGUCUUGAGUUAGUGUCAGCGCGAGCCUUACUGUUAAGAAUUGUGAACUGUUGUGUAUGGUGUACAAACCAACUGCUCUAUAGUUAGAGCUAGUGCUAAUGUUUAUCAAAAGGGAAUAUACUAAAUGUUCAUUAGUUAGCAUCAGCGCUAACAAUAUUACUUGCGGUGGAGUACAAAAACAAAAGCUGGGAAGUGAGCAUUAGCAUCAAAGACAGCAUUGCUGUUCAGAAUUGUGUACCAAACAACUGCUGCUCUCUUGUUAGCAUCCGAGCUAAUGUUAUUGUUUAAAAUUAUCUGACAAUUGACUCCUGUCUCGUUGGCAUUACAGCUAACAUUAUUGUUCAAUGCUGCGUACAAACCGUUUAUUAAAUCACUUCUGUCUUGUUACAUAAAUGUAAAGGAUGUGACUCUUACAGAAACUCACGAAUCAGUUUGAUUCAGAUUCUAAGGAAGACUGUUUGAUUCAGAAUCAGUUCUCGAUUCAACACACAAUUUUCGAUUCAAACAGAUUGUUGCAGCAUAUUAUUUGGUAUGUAAGUUACAGUAAAAAUAUUUUCAAAACAGUAUGAUAGUAGCUGGUCUAAAAAUUUAUUUUUAAAAAUCGAUCUUUGAAAAUUAGGAAUCAAUUCAGUAUUGUUAUAAAUAAGUAUCAUGACUUCAUCACGUCACUCAGAAGUGCUUUGCAAAACAGUUGGCAGUAAAAAAUUAAAAAAACUUUGUUCUUUGUAAUGUUUGAUGUUAUUUGAUUAGCAUCAGCAAACCACUUUUUAUUGUGUAUUUUGGUUUUCUUUGUUCUGGGGUAUAUUUGCUGUUAAUAAAUGUAUGAGGCACUUUAAAAUGUAACAAAAAGAGCAAAUAAAAUAUUUCUAUCUACUCUUCUAAUGUUCAA